UAUUAUGGCACAACUAUGUGAUCAAAUUAAGUUGAAAUUAAGUUGUUAGUUAUUUUAUUAGCUAUAAUUGUGUAGAAUAGCUAUCGUCCCUGAAAAAAAACGUCCGUGCUAUCACUUUGCCCAAGUCAGAAGUCCCAGUCACGCUGAAGCAGAAUGAGUUCACUCUGAAUUGCUGCUUUUGAUGCUGCUGCUCCCUCUCAAAGGACCCCAAGGGAGCUUCAGUAGUUAGCAAGACACCUAAAGUCAUCCUUCAAAUAAGUUAUCGUCCUCGAUGUCCGUCCAUGUGCCAAGUUUGCCUUUGAGUCUCACAUCGCAUCACCGUCCGGCUUACUUUGUCCUUAACAGCCUCUUCCAGGUCCAAGAGAUAUCCGACAUCUUUCUUUUAAAUGUUCCAGUUCUUAAAAAUUCCGCCAGUGGGAUUUUUGCAUUAUUAUGCAAAUUCGCUAGCUUCCUUAUGAUGCUAGCUGUGAGAUUAUCAUCUAAGAGACUGAUUAGUUCAAGAGACGGACUGCGCGUCGCCUUCCUUCCCGAUAUACGUGAACAUGAAGAACUGCCGAGCCUAUGUCAAGUCGGUGGUGCUGGUGUUCCUCAGCGUCACGAUCACGACUGAUCACGCUCACGCUGGAGUAGCUUCUGAGUUCCCGCGCGACUCGGUUGCCUUAGCGAGUGUAAACUUUUCUAAUUUUGUCUUGAGAAGCAAUGGGGAAAGAAAACUUAUGGGAACCAAAAGUGAAAUUGGUAAAUUUAUAUUUGGUUCUUCAGCUUCAGUUUCAGGACAGGUGGUUUUAGGUCAGUGUGGCCCAAGUGCGCAAGGCGUAAAAACUGUGAAAAACUUGCACUCUCUUGUCGAUAUAUUUCCCCUGACAUUUUUCGCAAACAAUUCUAUAAUACUUGAUGAUAGUGAACCUAACUCUCUAGAUGUAGCAAUAUCUGAGUUCAAGGGACAAAUUGCAUCACCAGCAAGCGUCACCUAUGAUGAAGUCGAGGCACAGAGCUUGAGGAAGUUGAACUCGAGCAUGGCAGCGUCAGCGCUGCUGCAGGCGCCGCGCAUCACGGAAUGCGGCAGCAAGAUUUGGACGCCGCCAGAGGGCGAGCCGUGGGUGGCGCUGGUGCCGGAGUAUGGCACGCUGGAACACGUCCGCUCUGCGCUCCAACUUAACGCCUCCGCCGUCCUUAUUUACAACGCCACCUUCAGGGAGCCUCGCCUCACUCGGAACGAGACGACGUCGCUGGUGCUGGUGGCGUUGUCGCCCGUCGUAGGGGCGGAGGUGGCCGAGCUCAUCAGGGGCGGCUCUCUCAUCUACGUCAGCCUGCGUCGCACGCACCACAACUAUGCUGCUAACAUCAAUAGAACAAGCGUGCUGUUCGUGUCCGUCUCGUUCAUCCUGCUGAUGAUCGUGUCGCUGGCCUGGCUGGUGUUCUACUACGUGCAGCGCUUCCGGUACAUCAACGCUAAAGAUCGUCUGCAGAAGCACCUGUCAAACGCUGCCAAGAAGGCCUUGUCCAAGAUCCCUGUCAAGAGCAUCAAGCUCGGUGACAAGGAGCUACAGCUGGAGGAAUGCUGUGCCGUGUGUCUGGAGGCGUACACCACCGGCGACGCUGCUCGGGUGCUGCCGUGUCGGCACGAGUUCCACAAAGCGUGUGUGGACCCGUGGCUCCUGGACCACCGCACGUGUCCUAUGUGUAAGAUGGACAUCCUACGCCACUACGGCUAUAACUUGGCGGGCAGCAGCGACAACAUCAUCAUCGGCAUCAUCGACGACGAUCCCAACCUCGGCACCGGCAACGUCAACAACGUCUUGACGCACACCCUCACCCGCUCCUCCAACGCUGCUGAUGUCAGCAACUUGUACGGUCAGCACCCGGUGCUGCGUGCCAGCAUCACGCCCAGCAGCACCAUCGGUGCCAGCAGCACCAGCAGUGCUGACAGUGCCAGCCAUGCAGCAGCACAGUCCCCGGUCGCUGACGCCACUACAAGCAGAGCUGCUGACGGCGACGCUGUCAGCAGCUCUGCCGUUCCUUCUGCUGACGAUGUCGCUUCUGACCCUCCGUCCCGACCCUGCAUGUCUCACGCCCCUGGUGACGUGUGUGACGAAGAUGUUACCGCGGACGCCGGCGUCUCUGAAGCAGAUGCGCCCAAGUCUGAGUCGUUCCUGCGCACGAUGCUGGACACGGCGCGCAGUCGUGUGCCCUUCUCUGCUAGGAACUUCGGCAAGAACCACAGCGUUGAUGAGGGCAAGACCGUGGCUAAUGCUGGCCAGGCAGCGCUGCAAGACUUGGUCAGAAAUCCUUCGGAAGAUGACGUGUCGGCGUCCUUUGCUGUAGCCGCUUCGUCGCGUGGUCUCGGCGACAACAUCUACGGGUUCGACGACGAAUCUUCGUUGUCGCUGUCCUUGCGUGACGUGCGCCGCCCAGCAGCACGUCUCAAUUUUGACGACGUUGACUCAGUUGGCUCCCACGAGUUUACGGACGCCCUGGAACACGUCACCCCGCUGGCAGUAGUUCGCUCUAAGACAGCAGGACGCAACAACACCUCAGAAGACGUGAUAACUUCCUCAGACAACAACAAUAAAAGACCCAAGUUAUCGGACAGCUGUGACACCAGCGACGACGAUGACCGAGUCGAGUCUUGUACUUCUGAUGCGAGCGACUGGACAGAACCUGCCGUCGCCCACAAGUCUUGUCCUGGAGGGACUGGUGAAGGCGCAGGCUUGUCUAAUCGGGAUAACUCAGGUCUCAUCUCAGCCACCGUUGCAAAUUCGUCAACAAGACCUGGUCGAUCAGUUCUGCCUGGAAAUAAAAGUUUUUACAAAGACAAGAAUAUCGCUGAGGAGAAAAGAACUUCCGAAGACACGGUGAAGAAGCGUGACGAAGAAACGAAAACUGACAUAAGGAAGUUUACCGCAGUGCACUCUAGAGGGAGGUCUGACGAGAGACGACCCGUUGUACAGGAAGAAGCCCGAGAGGAAAGUUUACCGAGCAGUCGAGGCCACAGCGCCUUGGGAUAUUUCCAGCUCAGCGAGGUUGAGGAGAACGAUCCAACCCUACGGGACAUGAGGCCUCGGGUGUUCGCUGGUGUCAGAAACGCGACGUUAUCUUCAGGCGGCCGUCGUUCAGGCGACGGAGGAAAGGUUCAGGGCGUUCGCUCUUCUCGUAGUAUUUCGGGUCUUAGUUCCUACGCAACUCCCACGUCAGCGGAUCCUCUGCACAGGAAAAAGUCAGAGCCUGAGCUCAGUAGCACCUUCGAAUAUCGUGAGCGUCUCGGGCUUCCUAAUGUGUGCCAAAAUUUUAAAGCCAUAGCGGGCUCUGGGAGUAUAUCCCCUCACGCUGCUGCUGCCGUCGGUCGACCGACAGUCAUAACGCCUCACGCUCCUUUGCCAGCUCAUACUAUUGUUCAUCCUACACCUGUCCCAGCAACUGGACGUUCAUCAUCGCCUGCUGCUGUAGUUCAUGGAACUGCACCUGCAGAUCAAUCGUCCGCAGCUGCGGUGAAAACUGCUCAAUCUUUUACAUCGGCUGAAAAUCUGUCAUCGAGGAGGAGGUCUACACCCUUGUCCUACUGCAGCCCGACAACAGACAUGGAGGACCUCAAGAGACGCUUGACUAUUCUGAGUGACCAAUUGCCGCUGUCCCCGGAGUUUCUUCCUGAAACUGGCGUCUCGACAUCAAAGUCCCGCCACGACUUGUCGAAGACGGCGGCAGCGAGAAGAAGUUCCCUCAGCGUGGCCGAUCAGUUGCACGGUAGGAACGUGUCAGUUCAUCCCAUGCAAGAGAAAAAGUUUGGGCAGGCGUACAGAGGUAAUGGAGCCGUCCCUAAAACAUCUAGUCACUCAACUCAAAAUAGCUUAAAUCAAAACGACGACCCACUUGCCUCGAAAUUGAGCGAUUCCCGACCUAGGGAAGUUGAGGUAGGGAGUCGCAGGUCCAGGAAAGUUGCGCCGGUGUCGUCGGCCAAAAGAAUUGCCGACGAGAAGAUUCAGAAGUCGGUCAAAAGAUCAGUCCGUUCCGAUGGCGGCAAAGAAAAACCUAUCACUGAAGAGACCGAUGAAGCGGCAUCUUCUGGAAAAUCUAGCAAAAAUGUUCUCAGCGUUUCGUAUGCGUAGUACGAUUUUCUUUAGUAGGUCAAUUUAUAUAUUGAUUAAUGGUUAAUUUUAACUUCUGUGGUAUAAACUUUCUGGAAUAGAUUUGUAUUACAUUUCACUCUACCUAGAAAAUAAUUUGAACGGCUCAAACAAAUGAAGUUUUGGCUUUACACAUCCGAGCUCAGUGUUCAAUUGUUCACACAGAAAGUUAACAGUUCUGCAGCACAGAACUAUUGACUUUCAUUAGUUAUCACAUACAAAGAUUCAAUUGCAUCUCCUUUUUCUCCUUUUAGACUUGUGCAUCUAAUAUGAAACAUUGUAAAUGAACAUAAUAAUCUAAGGUUUUGUAGAACCGAUUUCUUAUACAAGCGCUGCUCGAGUUUACCUCGAAAGCUCCUUGGUCAUAAAAGUGUUCCUGGUUCGGUAUUAUAUUUAGUUGAAACGUCUGCCGAGCUGACUGCUGUGAGUCAGCCUCAUCUCUAACAAAAUUUAG